GCCCUAAGAAGCGUGGAGCUGAGCCGAGAGCAAGUUCGCGCGAAGGAAUCAUCUAGUUCCGAAAAUAACGGUUCAGAGAGCAAGCCACAUACUCUCACUCUCAAAUUCAAUUGCGGCAGUGUUUCUUUCUUCCAUAAUCCCUAAAUCACCCUUCAUUCUCGCUCUUAGGUUAUCGUUUUCCUCUUUCCCUCUCACCACCGCCCACAAUUUCACCGUUGAGAGGAAGAACAAACUCCCAAUGGCAAGGGUUUUCUAUAGGGGAUGGCUUCAUGCUUUAAAUUGGAUUUUCACACUUCAUUCUCAGCCAUUGUGGAAUUUAUGCUCCAGCAUACUGUGGUUUUAGUGAUUAUGAGUUGCAUUGUAGUUUUAUUAUGGUUAAAUUUAUCUAUUAGGGCUGUUGAUUUAUUUUGGUUAACUUCCUCUGCAUACUUCUGCUCAUGUUUGUUAUUUCAAUAUGACAUGUGGGUAUUGCGGGAACUUGCAAAGUUUCUUUGCAAGAACAACAAUGUCAAUAAGACAAUAAUAGCCAAGUCCAAUUUCUGUAGAACGAAGUAUUUUUUGAAAAAUGAAAAUGUAGGUGACCUAAUAGGCUACUAUAGUUGAAUCACUUCACUUGAUAUGUUUCUCAUAGCAACUUUUUACAGUAACUUUUGUGAAUGCUGAGUUCCAAGUUCAGUGCAGUUUGCUCUGGAAUGGAAUCACAUUUUAUGUUUGAUUCACAUAAUAAGCAUGUAAACCAAAUAUGUCAUCAUAAAUAUAACUAGCGAAGAUAAAUAAGGUACAACAUAGUAUUGCAAACUUUAAUCAUUGUGGCCACAAUUUUCCAUUAAGCAGUUCUUAUUCUGUAGAGUAGAGGUAAGAAUGGAAUGAAAACUUUGCACCAAACAUGGUCUAUAUUGUUAUUCCUUAACCUUGGCUUCUAUGGUGAAUUGGUUUUGUUGAAACAUAGAUUUGGCUUAGUUGAAUCCUUUCAUAGGAAGUAACUUACUAAGUGAAAUUGCAUAUUUUUUUUAGAGAUCUUGUUUGGACAUAUAUUGAGGCACGGACUUGAAAAUCAUCUUGUAAUUGAAUCUCUUUGCUUUUGGUGCUUGUUAGGUUGCUUACUGAUGAAAGCUGUUCAUUAACAGUGAACAGCCUGGUGUUUUUCUUCAUACUUGUGUAGUGUUCUGCUCAAUAAUAUUUCACCUUAUAUGCUAAUGGCUGCUGAUCAAAGAAGAAAGCAAUUAAAUGGUGCAAGCCUUGUUAGUUAUGGUUCUCCAGAACAAAAUAGGACUAAGAGAAAGAAUUUUGGACCGCCAGUGCAAAGUGAUUUAAACAUGAAAUCUCACAUUUCUGUUGAAUGGGAUGCGAAUCACCAAAGGGUUGUUGCCAAGCGGGAACAAAUUGGCAUCAGUUGGAGACAAACGAGACCAUUUGCCAGAUUUGAUCACAAUGGACAUGAAGUCUUGGCAGAUGUGCUUGCCAUGCCUGAAGAAAUUUUUGGCCUGGAUAGUUUAAGUGAAGUGCUUUCCUAUGAGGUUUGGAACACACAGCUUUCAGACGAUGAGAGAAAUUUUCUUAAGCAGUUUCUUCCUGGUGACUUGGAGCCAAAUCAAGUUGUCCAGGAAUUACUUUCUGGAGAUGAACUUCACUUUGGAAACCCUUUCUUAAAAUGGGGUGCUUCACUUUGUUCGGGCGAUCUUCAUCCAGAUAUGAUUGUUUACCAUGAGAAACAUCUAAAAUCUGAUAGAAGAGCAUACUUCUCACAAUUACGUAAAUAUCAUAAGGAUAUGAUUGGAUUUUUAAUUAAGCUGAAGGAGAGGUGGGAGACCUGCAAAAAUUCAGAAAAGGAAAUUCUACCAAAGAUUCUGAGGUCAAAGAAUGAUAUAAAGAAAAGAAAACGGUCAAACUUGGAUGAAUUCAGAGAUGAUGAUCAUGAUGGGAAUGUUACAGUGACGUCCAAGUCAUAUUCCUGGGAUGAAGAGGAGAAAGCAUACAGUGACAUCCAAAUUUCCUCAAUGGGACAAGGCAAUGAGCUUCAAAGAAGGGUGCUUGGCGAAGACUUCAAUAAAGGUAAACCAAGAAAUACGAUGGCUUCAACUUUUAUGCUUAAUGUGGGAGGAAUACCCAUGAAAGGAGGCAAACUACACAAGGAGAACAUUCAUGCUAAUGACGGUGACCAAUAUAUGUCAUAUAUCAAGAUUACCAAGAAGCAGCACGAACUUGUUAAGAGUUUGAAGGUAUCAUCUAAAAGCAUCCCGGCUAGCACUCUUAACUAUGUUUUGGGUGACCUUGAUAACUUUCAUGUGCAACCGUACAAAUUAUUUAUCAAAGAAGAACAGAAGAACUUGCAUGAGCAUUGGUUACAAUUGGUGAAGAAACAUCUCCCUGCAUCAUAUGCAAACUGGACAGAGAGACUGAUACAGAAACAUGGAAUGAGAAAUUCUUUGUUGCUUGAGAUGAAAGAGAAAUCAAAUGUACUGGUAGAGGAUGAGGAUAUUUUGAGCACAGGAGUCCAGGCCCAGGACGAGGAGCAUGGCGGUGUUAAUAACCAGUCUAGCUUGGAAGAUGAAGAUUCUAUUGUUAGCGUCCCAGAGAACCCGUCCCUCCAUAAUUCUUAUCACAACAGCGAUGACGAGCUCCACCGCUUGGAUAUAGAUUUGGUAAAAGAUGUUUUAUCAAAAGGAGACGAUGCUUCACAUAACAAAACUAGAGAUUCAACGAUUAUGAAAUGUCAGGAUGAUCCCAUCGGUGAAGGAGCUCCUUUCUCAUCCAAUGAAGAUUCUAUUGCUAGAUUCCAAGAGAACCCGUCUCUCCACAAUUCUUAUCACAGCGGCGAUGACGAGCUCCACCACUUGCAUAUAGAUUUGGAGAAAAAUAUUUUAUCAAAAGGAGGCGAUUCUUCACAGUACACAAUUGAACAUUCAAUGGUUAUGAACUCUCAGGAUGAUCCCAUCAGUGAGGGAGCUCUUUUCUCGUAUAAUGAUACUGUUGAUAGAUUACCAGAGAAUUCGUCCGUUAAUAAAUCUUAUCACAGCGAUGAUGAGGAGCUCCACCCCUUUCAUAUAGAUUUGGAAAAAAAUAUUUUAUCAAAAGGAGAUGAUGCUUCGCAGAACAAAACUGAGCAUUCAAGGAUUAUGAACUCUCGGGAUGAUUCCAUCGGUGUAGGAUCGUCUGAGGGUCAUGCAUGGCAAGCAGUUGAAAUGUCACACCCUUACUAUGAUUUAAGUAUGAUCCAUGACUACACUGCCAACGGGCUAUCACUGGUAAAUUCACAAAUUAACCAAGUUAGACAAACCCGAAUGAUUGGUCCAGAAUCUAAUUUACACCAAGAAAACAUUGGUAAGGAGUUGUUACACAGGCAGUCAGAUGAUGGUCCCUUCGGUUCUUACCAAAGCCAGGAUCAAAUUGGCUUGAUUCAGUCCCUCAUCAAGGACAAAGGGGUUGGCUCCUAUCAUCAUGAACAAAAAAGAGCUGGGUUAAAUUUCCAGGCUUCAAACGAUAUUCCAAUGGGGGAUGGCCAUUUUUCUAGUCAUUUUAAGGAGUCUCUGCAAACGUCUCUGACAUUGGAUCAAGGUCAGAGGCAAGCUGGUAAUAUUUUCAUGCCAGAAAACGUAUCAGGUAAUAUUUAUUCUGACACAGGAAGUUACUUAAUCCCCAGGCAAGAUCCACUAGCUGCAAGAAAUAUUACUGAUUGGGCUGUUAGUGCCCCUCGCAUGGUAGCACCCUCUCAUUCUCACAUUAAUACCAAUAAUUUCAUUGGUCAGCCUUGGUUCUCUUCAGACCAGCAAAUUCAGGGUGCUUGGAAUGGAUCUGGCAAUGGCAAUCUAUCUAGUCAGAGUCUUGGCACUGGAGGAAACUCCAAUCAUAACUUAUUUAGUGUUCUAUCUCAAUGUAACCAAUUACGUUCAGGUAGCCCUUAUGAGUCAAUCAGACACACUGACCAGUUCCUUUCGCCCAGAACCUAUGGAGUAGUAGAUGCAGGUACACAUAGGAUCAAUGCUGUUGUACCACCAUCUUCUCAUCCGCUAGAUUAUUUCAGUGAACGUGAUGCACCUGGUGCUCUGGUGCCUGAUGAUAUGACAUGGAUGAGCUUGCCACCUCAAAAUCCUACUUUAAAUGAUCAAAUAGGAUCAUACUUGAGGUCAUGGAAUCGGUAAAAUGUUUUGCCUAAUUAGCAUAGUUAGUUUUGUGACUGGAGCAAGAUGCACAAAAGGGAUGAGAUAGGUUUAUGUAAAUAACUAUACCAUGGUCAACUCAACACCAUGUACAUAUCUAGAUGGUAGAUGUGUUGGAAAGAGAAAGCAGUGGUAAGCUUGAAAAUUCAGGUUGAUAGUGAAGUUAGAUAUUUCAUUCUUAAUUUUGAUUUUUUUCUUCAUGUUUCUAGAGAGAUUAUUUAAUAAUUUUCAAAGGUAUCAAAUGCUGAAAGCAGGUGCCUCUUUUUGAGCUAUA